AGACUCCUCCUGCGUUCAAAAUUUGUAGAAAAGGGAGAUGGAUUGGAAAAGACUUUUGACUUGUGGAAAAAAGAAAAAAACCGAGAAGAAGGGUAUAGAAGACUCCGAAUAAGACCAGAUAAACCAUGAGGAUAAGAACAUAUGUUAGAAAACCGAGAAGAAGGCUGCAUAAAUUUUGAUUUCUAUGCAUAUACUACAUGCAGAUAAACCAUUAGAAAAUCAAUGGAAAUCUUUACCCAUCUUUUUGUCUACUCUUUCUUGUUCUCCCUCUUAAGAACCUCCAUUGCACCAGAGACUAUUACUCCAAGUCAAUCCAUCAGAGACGACGGUGGCACUUUAGUUUCGUCUGGCGGGUCAUUUCAAUUGGGAUUCUUCAGCCCAGGUAAUUCUAAAAGUCGAUAUGUGGGAAUAUGGUACAUGAUAUCUCCAGAGAUAGUUGUAUGGGUAGCCAACAGGGACGCUCCGCUUAACGAUUCCUCAGGAAUUCUUACAGUAACUGGUGAUGGAGUUCUUGCGCUUCGUAAUAGCACGAAAGGUAUUGUUUGGUCAUCUAAUACGUCACGAACCACAGCAAAUCCAGUUGUACAGCUCUUGGACACCGGGAAUCUUGUUGUGAAAGAUAGAAAUGAGAACUUUUUGUGGCAGAGUUUUGAUUAUCCUUGUGACACACACCUACCGGAAAUGAAGCUUGGAUGGGAUUUAGUUACUGGUUUAGAUAGAUUUUUAUCAUCUUGGAAGAGCACGGAUGAUCCUGCUCAAGGUGAGUAUUUAAUACGGAUAGAUCCUCGUGGGCUUCCGCAACUGGUUACUAUGAAGGGAGAUUCAAUAAAGGCUAGAGCAGGGUCAUGGAAUGGCCGUACUUUUACGGGUAGUCACGUGUUAAGACCAAAUCCAGUAUAUGAGUAUGAAUUCGUGUGGAAUGAGAAGGAGGUUUAUUUCGAGUACAAACUCCUAAAAGCUUCUGUUUUCUCAAGAUCUGUGCUUAACCCAUCAGGCAUUUCGCAACGAUUCAAUUGGGUGGAUCGGACACACAGUUGGGAGCUUUACUCUACAGCACAGGCAGAAGAGUGCGACAAUUAUGCCAUAUGCGGUGCAUAUGCUACUUGCAACAUCAAUAAAUCUCCUGUAUGUGCAUGCUUGGAAGGAUUCUUACCCAAGUCUCAAACAGAAUGGGAUGUAGCAAAUUGGGCUGCUGGGUGUGCUCGAAGGACUCCUUUGGAAUGCAAUGACACACAUGGUUUCCAGAAGCACACGCGGGUGAAAUUGCCCGACACAUCUUCUUCCUGGUUUAACAAGACCCUGACCCUCAAGGAAUGCGAAGGAUUGUGCUUGAAGAACUGUUCCUGCACAGCAUAUGCACCUUUAGAUGUCAGGGAGGGAGGAAGCGGCCGUGUGCUUUGGUCUGGUAGCCUAGUUGACAUAAAAGAAUACCCUGAGGAUGGACUAUUCCGACAAGACCUCUAUAUAAAGAUGGCUAUUUCAGAAUUGGAUCAUCUUGAGAAAAAGAGGCACCCCAGCAAGAAGAAACUUGUAGCAAUUAUAGUGGGCUCAACAUUACUAGUUGUGGGAAUGACAACAGUUUCACUGGUCUCACACAUAUGGAAGAAGAAAUUCAGAAAUCAAGGUAAAUUUCUAGGAACGACAAAAACAAGUCAGAGAAAUAUAUAUUCUGACAAUGAAAGUGGGAAGGAAGAUAUGGAGUUACCGAUAUUUGAUUUGGCAACCAUAGCUAAUGCAACACAUAAUUUUUCAAACAACAAGAAGCUGGGAGAAGGUGGCUUUGGUCCCGUGUACAAGGGUAUAUUGCCAGAUGGGAGAGAUAUAGCUGUGAAGAGGCUUUCAAAGAAUUCUAGACAAGGAUUGAACGAGUUGAAAAAUGAAGUUAUUUUGAUUGCCAAACUUCAACAUCGUAAUCUUGUGAAGCUUUUUGGUUGCUGCAUUCAAGAAAAUGAAAACAUGUUAAUCUAUGAAUACAUGCCCAACAAAAGCUUGGACUCUUUUAUUUUCGAUCAAGCAAAUCGUAAAUUACUAGAUUGGCAAAAGCGCAUCAACAUUAUUCGUGGUGUUGCUAAGGGGAUUCUCUAUCUUCAUGAAGACUCUAGACUAAGAAUUAUCCACAGAGAUCUCAAAGCUAGCAAUAUACUUCUAGAUAACAAUAUGAAUCCAAAAAUUUCGGAUUUUGGCCUUGCUAGAUUAGUUGGAGGAGAUCAAAUUGAUUCCGAGACCAAUAGAAUUAUUGGAACAUAUGGUUAUAUGUCUCCCGAGUAUGCGAUGCAUGGUCGGUACUCACUAAAAUCUGAUGUAUUUAGCUUUGGAGUUUUAGUAUUAGAGACAUUGAGUGGGAAGAAGAAUAGAGGAUUUUGUCAUCCAGACCAUCAGCAUAAUCUUCUUGGACAUGCAUGGAAAUUAUGGAUUGAAGAGAGGCCAAUAGAGUUGAUUGAUGAAUUGGAAGGUGACUCAUGCACUCUAUCUAAUGUAUUACGACAAAUUCAUGUGGGUUUGUUAUGUGUGCAACAAAAACCAGAAGAUAGACCAAACAUGUCGUCUGUUGUUCAAAUGUUGAGCAGUGAGAGUUCAUUACCUAAGCCAAGGCAACCAGGUUUCUUUACAGAUUCAGUUGAACCUGAUCCUUCAUCUAGCAAGCAUGAAAAUUGUUCAAUAAACAAAAUCACGACUACAUUGUUGGAAGCACGGUAAAUAUCAUCAAAUGAGAGCAAAAUUGAGAUUUUUUUUUUUUUUUUUUUUAAAAAAAAAAAAGAAUUUAUGUAAUAAUGGUUUCGGCUUAUUUUGCUGAACAAAAAAGUUAUGGAAGCUACUACUCUUUACGAUAGAAGGGUCGAAAAGAUAAAUAGCUUUGGCCUAGUGUAAGGUUGCUCCUACUGGAUUCAUGUUGAUUAUUCAUCUAGUGGAUUAUUCUUUUACAAGUUGGACUAA